AUGGAGACCUAUUGGCAGUGGAGCCUGCAAUGCCUGGCUUUCCUUCAUGCCAACCAGGUGAUCCACAGAGACAUCAAAAGUGACAACAUCCUUCUGGGCCAGGAUGGCUCCGUCAAGCUGGCCGAUUUUGGCCUCUGUUCUCCGCUCAGCCCUGAGCAGAGUAAACGGAGGUCGAUGGUCGGGACCACUUGCUGGAUGGCACCCGAGGUGGUGAGAAGAGAGCCAUACGGCCCCAAAGUGGACAUCUGGUCCCUUGGCAUCGUGGGAAUAGAAAUGGCCAAAGGAGAGGCUCCUUAUAUUCGGGAAACCAGUGAGAGGCAUGAUGCUGCUUUGGACAAUGCUGGUUACUAUCUGGACUAG